AUGGCCCAGGAGGCUGGUCCCCAGAAGGCCCCCAUCGAGCCCCCCAUGUCCAUGAAGCCUCUCUACUGGACCAGGAUCCAGCUGCAUUCUAAAAAGGAUGCAAGUGGUUCUCUGGUCUGGGUGAAGAUCGAGGAGCCAUCAGUGGAUUUUGAUGAGUUUGUCGAGUUAUUCUCCAAAAGUGCUAUGAAGGAGAAGAAGAAGCCAAUAUCAGACACCAUCACCAAGUCCAAGGCCAAACAGGUGGUGAAGCUGUUGAACACUGUUGAACAGAACGUGGGGAUCCUCAUGUCCAGCAUCCACUUGAACAUGAAGGACAUCCAGAAUGACUUGGAACAGCUCCGCAAUGCCAUCUUCUCCCAAGGAGCCCUCAUUGGUAGUCACAAGGAGUUGCUUCGUGGUCUGAUGGAAGGGUUCCAGGAUGUGGCCGAACAUCACGACCUAGCAUUGGAAGCUUUGCGGGAGCAAUACCGUGGGUUGCCUACUAGGCAGCAUACCACAACGGUAACCUCCCAGCCCCUCAGUAACCCGGCUGGUAGCAGCGCCGUCACCCCGCCUUCUUCAUUCCCCUUGGACCGCUCGAAGACAGCGUAUAUUAUUACACUGAGGUCCGGGAGGGCACUCGUGUGGGCCAUGGCGGUGCAGGAGCAACAAUCCACCGUCUGCCUUAGUCUGGAGGUAUUCGUGGUGGAGAUCGAUGUCCCUGACGUCUUCGUACCCGAGAGGAUCCGGCUUCCCAAGUUCCUCCAAGAGCAUCCGAAGACUGCCGAUUUGCCCCUUCCCAAGCCUCGGGCAGCUCGAGCGCUGGACGGGCACUCUAUAGGCCGGAUCACCCACCAUACCACCCCCAUCAACCUACGAGUGUCGGGGAACCACAGCGAGAUGAUCCAAUUCCUGCUAAUUGAGUCUCCGCAGGUUCCUGUGGAAUUGGGAUUCUUAUGGCUCCAGCGACACAAUUCCUCAAUUGACUGGUCUACUGGUGCCAUCGAGGGCUGGAGCCCGUUCUGCCACGCCCAUUGCCUGCCCCGGAUCGUCUUCCUGGGGGCUUGGAAAUUACCCCGAACCUCCCCUCCAUUCCCGCGGAGUACCAGGACCUCCGGGAGGGGUUCAGUAAGGCCCAGGCCACUUCGCUUCCACAACACCGACUGGCCCACCCCUCUCCCCCGUCUCAUCAACGGCCAAUCGGUGUACAAGGAGAGACGUCUCCUGAAGAUUCGACCUCGGGGCAGGGGAUUCCAAUACCUGAUACUCACAGACACCAUUCAAACAGUUUUAGAAAAUAGAGCACAGCAAGAUGAGAUGGAGAAGAUUGAGAAGCACAUCAAAUCAUCCAAAGGCAAGAACGACGCAAAGCCAUUGGCCAAGCCUGAAAGGUUUCUCUUCCAGUUGUCCCAAAUCCCCAAUUUCUCAGGAAGGGUGUUUUGCAUCCUCUUUCAAUCAACCUUUGUUGAAUGUAUCUCCUCCAUCCUCCGGAAAGUAGAAAUCCUUCAGAGAGUGUGUACGACUCUGCAGAGUGAUCAGUGUGUGUUGCAGGUGCUAGGCCUCAUCUUAGCUUUUGGGAACUUCAUGGACGGAGGGAACCGAUCGCGUGGGCAGGCUGACGGCUUCACUCUGGACAUCCUGCCAAAACUCAAGGACGUCAAGAGCAGUGAUAACUCUCAGAGUCUUUUGUCAUACAUCGUUGCUUACUAUCUAAGGAACUUUGAUGAGGAUGCCGGCAGAGAGACCUGUGUCUACCCUCUCCCUGAACCCCAGGACCUCUUCCAGGCCUCUCAAAUGAAGUUUGACGACUUUCAGAGAGACCUACGCAAGCUAAGGAAAGAUCUUAAUGUAUGCUCGGCCGAGACAGAUAUGGUCAACCAGAUCUCUUCUGAAGAGCACUUGCAACCCUUUAAGGAGAAGAUGGAGGAAUUUCUGAGUGAAGCAAAAACUGAUCUGGAGGCACAAGAAACACAACUAGAGAACACUCAUAAGAUUUUCUUGGAGUUGAGUGUGUUCUUUUCAGUCAAGGCUAAGGCAGGUGAGAAGGAAGUGUCUCCCAACACGCUGUUCUCGGUGUGGCAUGAGUUCUCCACUGAUUUCAAAGACCUUUGGAAGAAGGAAAACAAACUGAUGUUACAGGAACGACUGAAAAUGGCAGAGGUCUUCAAUCAAGCCAGAGAGAAGGCCUCGUACAGCAUCAAACCAAAACAGUCUUCUGCAAUAGUGAGUUCUCUUUUUGUCUCUUUUGCCUUUGUCCUAACCGCUUUCUGUCUUUCUUUUGUCUUCUUAUUCCUUAAAGCCAAACUGGGUCAGAUUAUUUGA